AUGUUUAAGGCGUCCAACGUUUUGCUCCAAAAAGUGGCGUACAACAUCAAGCCUUACAAAAACAUGUUGAAGGACCCCUCGAAGAAAUACACUGCAUUCAAAGGCCCGGAAAUCCCAAACAGAACAUGGCCCAACAAGACCAUCACCAAGGCGCCCAGAUGGCUCUCGACCGACUUGAGGGACGGCAACCAGUCCUUGCCCGACCCGAUGUCGAUUGCCGAAAAGAAGAUUUAUUUCAAAAAACUCGUGGAGGUGGGUUUCAAGGAAAUCGAGGUGUCGUUUCCCUCGGCCUCGCAGACCGACUUUGACUUCACCAGAUUUGCCGUGGAAACCGCGCCUGACGAUGUGGCCAUCCAGGUUUUGACCCAGCUGAGAGAACAUUUGGUGCGCAGAACCGUGGAGUCGGUCACGGGCGCGAGAAAAGCAAUCAUCCACGUGUACUUGGCCACGUCGGACAUGUUCAGAGACAUCGUGUUCAACAUGUCCAAGGAGGAGGCCGUGGCAAAGGCUGUGGAGACCACCAAGUUAGUCAGAUCCUUGACCAAGGACGAUCCAAAAAAGCAGGAGACCCAGUGGUCGCUUGAGUUCUCGCCCGAGUGUUUUUCUGACACCCCUACGGAGUUUGCUGUGGAGAUCUGUGAGGCCGUGAAGGCCGCCUGGGAGCCCACGAAGGAACAGCCCAUUAUCUUCAACUUGCCUGCCACCGUGGAGGUUGCAUCUCCCAACGUGUAUGCCGACCAGAUCGAGUAUUUCUGCAACCACAUCUCCGAGCGUGAGAAAGUCUGUGUGUCCGUGCAUCCCCACAACGACAGAGGAUGCGGCGUGGCCGCUGCGGAAUUGGGCGUUAUGGCCGGUGCCGACAGAGUGGAGGGCUGUCUUUUCGGCAACGGCGAGAGAACCGGAAACGUGGACUUGAUCACGGUGGCUUUGAACUUGUACACGAACGGCGUGUCACCUGAGUUGGACUUUUCCGACAUGGAGGAGAUCAUUGCCAUUUCUGAGAAGUGCAACAAGAUCCCCACCCACCCUAGAGCACCAUACGGCGGCUCGCUCGUUGUGUCUGCCUUCUCCGGCUCGCACCAGGAUGCCAUCAAGAAGGGAUUCCUGAAGGUGGAACAAAGAAAGGCCGCGGGCGACGAGUCCUGGAAAAUCCCCUACUUGCCUUUGGACCCCAAGGAUAUCGGCAGGAACUACGAGGCCGUGAUCAGAGUCAACUCGCAGUCCGGCAAGGGCGGUGCGGCGUGGGUCAUCUUGAGAUCCUUGGGCAUGGACUUGCCCAGACAGUUGCAGGUGCAGUUUUCGUCGGUCGUGCAGAACCAGGCCGACCAGUUGGGCCGUGAGUUGAAGACCGAGGAGAUCGUGCAGCUUUUCGGCAAGCACUACAUGUACAUGGGCACAUCCACGAUCGUGCUUGAAGAUUACACGAACUCCAAGACCAAGGAAACCGACAGCAACUCACGUGAUAUCACUGCCUCGUUGCAGGUUGGUGGCAAGAGUGUGCAAGUCAACGGCCAAGGCAACGGGCCCAUUUCCGCGUUCAUCAAUGCCGUCGCCAAGGAGUUUGGCAUGUUGUUCGAGGUGGUGAACUACAACGAGCAUUCCUUGGGCACUGGCACGCAGGACAAGGCUGCCACGUACAUCGAAGUGUCUUACUUGAAUUCCACUGGGGAGAAGGUCACCAGAUGGGGAUGCGGUGUCGCCACCGACACGAACGAGUCCUCGUUCAAGGCGAUCAUUGCCAUCCUCAAUGGCUUGAUCAGAGACGGCGAGAUUUCCGUUUAA